CUGCUACUACCACUAACUACUACGUACUCUCAAUCUCACUCUCUUACAUAUAAUCCAAAAAUCAUCACCAGUCAAUCUCCCAAAUUCCUUUCCUUCAUUAAUUCUCUGCAACAUUCUUUUUUUUAUUAUUAGUUUUAUUUUCUCUUCUACUUCUCUGAUUUCUUGAAGAAAUUUAUAAAGAUGUUGACCGCUCAAGCUGCUCGCAAUAUAGUUGGAAUCAUCGGGAACGUAAUAUCCUUUGGACUCUUUAUCUCCCCAGUUCCAACAUUUUACAGAAUCAUUAAGAACAAGGCAGUGGAGGAGUUCAAACCAGAUCCUUAUAUUGCAACAGUACUCAACUGUUUGUUCUGGAUAUUCUAUGGCACGCCUUUUGUUCAUCCUAAUAGUAUUCUUGUAAUCACCAUUAAUAGCAUUGGGCUAGUACUGGAGCUCACUUACUUAACCAUUUUCUUCAUCUAUGCAACCAACAAAGGCAGGAAAAAGGUGGUCCUUUGGCUCGGCAUUGAAAUUGUUUUCUAUGCUGGCAUUAUUCUGAUAACUCUCUUGACACUCCAUGGCACUAAAAAAAGGUCCAUGAUGGUUGGCAUUUUAUGUGAUAUCUUCAACAUCAUGAUGUAUGCUUCCCCACUUACUGUCAUGGCAAAAGUUAUCAGAACCAAGAGUGUCAAAUACAUGCCAUUUUACCUUUCAUUGGCUAACUUCCUUAAUGGUUGCAUCUGGGUGAUCUAUGCCCUUAUCGAGUUUGAUGCCUACAUCCUGAUAAGUAAUGGUCUGGGUGCAAUUUCUGGUUUAGUUCAACUGAUACUGUACGCAUGGUUCUAUAGAACAACUCCUAAAGAUGAUGAUGACAGUUUCUCAAAGCCAAAUGAAGUACAGCUCUCUAGCUCAAAUAGAGCCUGAAUAUUACACUUAUAUUACACUUUUCUGUGGUACUAUCAGGCUUCCAUUUUCUACAAAUUUUAUUCAGUUUCUAGGGUUAAACUACUAGAUUUUGCAAUGUGUUUUAAGUUGGGAUUUGUUUAGAUUUUCAAGUGAUGGAACUUCCUUGUAUAGUUAGUUGUGAAGAUUCUGGCAAAUUCAAUGUUGAUCACUUCAAAUUCGUUUCUUUCAAGAAUUUUCUUUUUAUUUCUUUUCA